CAGUCCAGCUCCACCUCCCUACAACAUGAUUUCUGGCCGUCAAUUCAUCAUCUAUGGCAUGCUCUUCGCCUCUGGCACCCUAAUCGGAUACGACUCAGGUUAUCUCAACGGCGUAUUAGGAUCAUCCGACUUUGUCCGACGCUAUGGAAUCCAAGACUCGGCAGAUGGGACAUGGUACUUGACACCGCGCACCCGAUCCCUUUUUACCUCUCUUCUGGUAGUGGGGACAUUAUUGGGAACCAUCACAGCCAACUUUCUCGGAGAUUGGGUCGGACGAAAAGGCAGUCUCCUUGUAGCUGCCAUCGCCUAUGCAACUGGAGUGUGUAUUCAAGCUGCCGGUGUACCAGUCGGUGCCUUUGUCGUCGGUCGUAUACUACUGGGUAUAGGACUAGGAAUCAUAUCUGUGGUGUCCCCAAUGUACCUAGUCGAAUGUUCAAGUUCCAGCACACGAGGCCGCCUAGUAGCCUUAUACGCACUCCUCCUGACUUCAGGAAACGUCCUCGCCUGCGGAAUCAGUUACGGUACGAACCAUUUCAAAGGCGCAGAAAGCUGGCGCAUAACAAUCGCAUUCCAACUCCUCCUCGCCCUGAACGUAUUCCUCGGCGCGAUCCUAGCCCCGGAAUCCCCUGUCCUCCUCAUGAAACGAAACAACCCCAACAAGGCCCGGCAAUCCCUCUCCAUCCUGCAAAACAUCCCCAUCGACUCAUCAGACCUCUCCUCAUCCAUCGAAGAAAUCACCCACUGGCUCAAUGAACAAAAAUCCCACGGAACCGUCCACCUACUCGAAUGCUUCCAAGGCCCUAACCUCCGUCGCCAAUUACUCGGAAUCGGCAUGGCCAUUCUAACAAUCGCCACCGGAAUCACCUUCUGGUUCGGCUACGGAACCACAUUCUUCAUGGAGGCAGGAAUCGGCAAUUCAUACAUGAUAUCCCUAAUCCUCGCCCUCGUUAAUGCCAUCUUCACCGCUCCAUCCGCAUACCUAGUCGAACGACUCGGUCGACGAACAUGUCUCCUCUGGGGAGGAUCAGUAAUGGCCAUCGCCCAACUUAUCCCCGCUAUAAUCCAUUCCGUCGCUCCGGGGAGUCGCUCAGAUCAUAACGCCUUGGUUGCUGGAGCUGUGAUUUUCAUCGCCGCUUAUGCUACGACUUGGGGGACGAUAGGCUGGGUAACAAUGACAGAACCCUACUCGCAACGUCUCCGACUCCACCAAUCAACCAUCACCAUGAUAAUCUACUGGAUUUCCACCUGGCUGAUUGCCUUCGUGACACCGUAUCUCGUUGACGCUACGGCCGCGGAUCUAAGUAUCAAGGUGUGUUAUUUGUGGUUUGGGAUGGUGGUUGUUUCGUUGGUUUGGGCGUUUCUCUAUGUGCCUGAGUUGUCGGGGCUUUCGGUGGAGGAGGUGGAUAUGCUUUUUGAGUUGAGGAUUCCGGCGUGGAGGUCGGUUCAGUGGGCGGAAUCGUUAAGGGUGGUGGAGGUGGGGGAGGAGGUGGGGAUUGAGCAAGGAGGAUCUGGUGGUGGGGUUGAUGUUGUUUUUAUGAAGGAGGUUAUGAAAUAG